AUGCCGGGUCGAACCUAUCGAGGACGGUCCCCACAAGGCGUGUCUCAGAAAUGGCGCUGUUGGGGCGGAGGCUCGGAAGGAGACGCCAAUCGGCAGGCUCUGCCGUCGCAGGAUCAUAGCCGGAGGAAGAGGCGAUAUAGCGGCUGGUUCCCGGUGGACGACGUGGACUUCUCCAACAGCCGCUCCCUGGGCUGGUAUGACCGUUUCUCAUGCGGCCGUAUUCUGGGGGAGCUGGUAGCCUUUUUGUACAGCGAGGAAAACGCGGAUCAAGCGGGAUUCUUGAAGCUCAGAGCUGAGAGAGUUCACGGGCGCUUGGUCUGCCGCAACAACAAGCGCCUCUGGGCGCUGAAGGAGUUUCAGCGGCUGCGAAGACUCACCAGGAAAUUUACGGUGAAUGUCUUCCUUUACGUGACGGAGCGUUCCGGUGACUCACGUAGCAGAAGCCGAAGCCCAAGCGCGCAGGUGGUUAUGGAUGACGAUGAUUCUCCUGAACCCAGCAAGUGCAGAAGAAGCCCCGAGCGUGGACGAGUGAAUGAGGGGCCAGAGGACAGCCGUGGGAUCCCCGAGCGCAGCGAGCGCCGAGAUCGGACUCUCCCGGGACUCCCGAGUCACUGA